GUCGAGAGAAGGGGGGAGAGUCAGGGAACAUAGUCCGACAGGGCGGCUGCUCCAUUUCGCGGUGGACGCGCCGAACGAACAGGUCGGUCCAAGUGCCUUGCCCUACGUGGUAUAAGACACCGGCCCCAGUGCAUUACACAAGGAGCGUGUGAGAGUGAAAGACCUAACUGCGUGAGGGUUUUUUUUCGAAGCGGAGAAAGAAAAGACAACCACAUAAAAAAGGCUGGCCAAAUUGCCUUUCGUUCAAGCGGCUGCAGUUGGUAGCCGACUUUGCUCACCUGUAGCAGCACAACUCGAUCCCGGUGCAUAUGUGUAAUUCGUCUUUCGGUGAACACGAAGCUCGCACGUCAUCAACGACAACUUCAUACACAACGAGAGAACUCAGAAAAGAAUGGAAAACAAAGAGAACGAUGAAAAGGCGCAGUCAGCGGAAGAUGUCCCUGAACUGGAGAGCAACAAAGAAUCAUCACCAACUGACGAGAAACCCCCAAUUUCAGAGAAACACGACGAUCCGGCUAUUCCGCCAUUAAUACCGGUUGCUCCCGCGGACUCGGUCGAACCUGAUUCUACCGCAACGGAGAAUCCCGUCAAUUUGAAAAUCGAAUCCGGUGACACUCCUCAAGUGAUCGAAGAACAGCAGCAACCAACUGCCGAUCACGAACCGGAGGCUAGUGGAUCAUCUGAGGCGAUCCAGCCAUCAGAUCCGGAGCAACGUCAAAGAUCUUCGCCCCCUCCAUUGACUCAACACGUUCGCACCAUCACGUUGACAUCGGACUAUCGCCAACAUCAACAAGACAACGCCCUGGAAACGACGGUGAAUGAAGAGCAUCAGAUGGGCGUGUCCGAAUCCGGGAACCCGGGUAACGCUUCGCUCUACGUCGAAGAGAGUGUCGUCGAAGGGAAUCAUCAGGAGGCGUCGGAAGGAUCUUACUAUCAGCAGCAUCACUAUACGGAAGAGAACGGAGCUGGCCAAUCAGUUCGUUACAGAGAAAUGGCAGACGGUCCUCACGACAAGCAAAGCGGUGAGCCAGUGCAGCACACCGAGCUGCUGGACGCCGCUGCGACCGCCGCAGGUGUCCCGACCGAUUAUCUCAUGAUGGAAGGCGAAGAAGACGACCGUACGUCGGCCUAUUUAGGAAGCCGGUUGGCUACCUUUCAGAUGACAUUGGCUCGGCAGGUAGAUCUGGAAGAAACAGGCAAUGGGGGAGGGCCCUCAGCUCAUCAUUCUCGCGAUGACCAAGGACAUCCAUCAUCCGCGACGCCCGAUCUCCAGCAACAACAACAGCAACAUUCAGGCGGUGGUCACGAUCAGCAAGUGUAUAGCACUUUAUUGACCCCGCGCUACAUCAUGCGAGCGGACCUGUACAAUCAUAAAGGGGAAUUGGAUGACUCAUCUUACGAGUCGGGCGCAACUCAGGAAGUGAUGGUUACCGACGGCACACUGGACAAUUUCGGCAACAAUAUCAUCCAUGUACACUCUAGCUCUCUUCAGCCGCUGCAGACGCUACAGUCGUUUUCGUUUUCGUCGCUCUCAUCGUCUGGUAGGCAUUCGCCAUCGUCAGUGGCUGCUGCAGCAGCCGCAGCCGCUGCUUACAACGCUUCCGAUACCUACCAGUACCAGCAAAUAGGCAACACAAAGUUGCAGCAACAACAACAAGAGGCCACACAUCAUCACUACGGCACGCUGCAUCACAGCAGCGGUGGAACACCGUCCGGAUCAUCUUCUGGUCGUCAGCUCGACCCCAGUCUCUACAGCAAAAUCGAAGUGAUUCCAUCGUACAAGACAAACUUGCACGGCGCCACCGCUCAGGUGUACAGCCACAACAUUCCAUCGUCGUCGCCUAACAAUGUCGGCGUUUACGAUCACACGGCCACCCUGUACAGCGCCACCAAUCCGGCGCAAGGGACGAUCAUCAACUAUAAUUCGCCGGAUUCUUCCGCCGGCAUCGUCAUCGGAUCUACCAACCACAAAAUGGAUGGCAUCAGUAUCCAAAUGCCGUGGACCACGUCCAGUUCGCCGAUGGAUUACGGCUACGGAUCGUACAGUAUGGGAGCCAGUGGAUCGCUGCUUGACAUAUCGCCGACGGAAUUGAAAUCCAUAUCUGUCGGUGGCUACUCGGCUAACUAUUCGACAACGAGUGGCCAAUUUACGUCCGUCAGUCCGGCACCAGGUGGCGCUACUUGGUACAGCCCUCAAGAAGGCAGCUUCCACAUCUUGCAAACGGGUGAGAUCCUGCGCAAAAUCGAUCCAGACGAUCAGGCGUCGCUAGAAGGAAGAGAAUGCAAUAAUUGCGGAGUGAUUGCUACGCCUCUUUGGCGCCGCGACAACACCAACCAAUAUCUGUGCAAUGCUUGCGGUUUGUACAAGGUGAACAACGGCGUCCAUCGCCCGCCCGCUCGUCAGACGUCUUCCGGCGGGAACAGCAAUGGUGGCAACGGAAUCGGCGGACAUCAGCCGCAUACGCCCAAACGAUCGUCUAGCGCCAGUGGAGGCCACAGUUCUACGUCAAAUGGCAACGGCAACCGUCGAAGCGGCCUGAUUUGCUCCAACUGCAACACGACGGUGACGACAUUGUGGCGUCGCAACACGGCAGGCGAACCUGUCUGCAACGCGUGUGGACUUUACUACAAACUGCAUUCGACGAACCGACCGCCAGCCAUGAAGAAGGAAGGCAUCCAGACCCGUAAGCGAAAGCCAAAGGCCGGAACUAGCCAACCCACGGAGAAGACGCCCAACAAAAGGUCUAAAAGCAAUCACACGUCCGGUGGGCAGUUGAUUCACCAAUCCGGAUCGACGUCGCAGUUGCACCUCCAGCAUCACCCGCAACUCCACCAACACUACGAAGAGAUGAAGCACGAACUGGGUGAAACGGACGAUCACGAACUCGCCACCAUAUCCAGUAAUCACCUAUAUGAGAACCAGCUUUUGAGUGGUACUAGCGCAGUGAUUCAUUACACUCCAACAGUCAUCACAUCUUCUUCGCUGACCGUCGCCAAUGGCGGAGCCCUAGUCCUGAUGACCCCGUCGUCCGGGUUGAUAUCGACGGCCGGCAACGAUGAAGACGUCGGUGAGGCCGACCAACAGCAUCAUCAUCAAGUCGAUGGCCAGGAAGACGAGGCCUCGACCGCCAACAACGCCGAUCAGUCGCCCAUCCAAUUGCCUUCGACUACCUUCCUCAACACUCACAUUAGCAAUUUGCCUCCAUUGGAGCCAGUAUUGAUGAUGCAUGGAUCGACUUUGGUGACUCGCGGAGGAUCACCAAAUGGCACUGAGGUUUCAUCCAACAUCGUCAUCCGCCAAUUUGAUCGCCAUAUUGACUGAUCUGCUUACAAACAUCUCCAAGAUACAAACAUAAGUAUACUAAUAAUAACAGCGAACACACAAAAAAAAACCUAGACAAAAGCAACACAACACUGAUUUCAAAAUUGCACCUUAGGGAUUAUAUUAGCAAUACCCAAAACAUAGACCCAAAAAAAAAAUUAUAAUGACAGUCAUUGUGAUUCUCCUCGUGAAAGCAAUUGCAUUGGUUACCAUAUAUACGAGUUAGUAUUCAAAGCUGAUUUGAUUACGAAGUAUAUAUAUAUGCAUUUUCUACGAAUUAUAUUUUGCACGGAAUUAAUUACGGACAAAGUAUUUCCGUUGCUUUGUGUUUCGUAUCCACAGUUUCUCUAUUUCGAGUUUGUUUCUGAUAUGUUUAUAUUUAGAUUAUACGAAUGACUAUUAAGGUGUAAUAACGUUCAUGGCUGACGGUCUAUAUCUGGAGAUUUUAUUGGUAUGGAAUUGCUUCAGCCUUGCAACAGCAUCUAUACCGGGGUUGUAUUUUAUUUUUAGUUUUCUUUUUAUUCCUACUUCGUAAUUAAUGUUACCUCCACAGCAUUUUUAGAUCGCCUUAUUUAGCCUUCACCGGUUCGUGUUUUUACAGUUGCAUGAUUUCACUGUUCUUCUUCUGCAUGUUGUUCUGUUUCUUCUUUGAUUUCACAUUACUUAAUUCCCUUGGCUGAUCAUUAGAGCCUUAUAACACCGUUUACUGCUCGUGUGUAGGAAAAAUGCAAGCAAUAUACCAAAGAAGAAUUA